AUGAAAAUCAUCGUCCUCGUCCUCGUCCUCAGUCUCGCCGUUCACCAGAUAAAUGCGGCCGCAUUCUGUCCUUCAUUGCCAGCUGAGAUCACUUGGGCUCCCGAUGGUGGAGCAGCUCAUCUCGACUACUAUGGCACUGGGAAAUGGUGUAGCAACGUUAAUGGAAGCCGCUAUAAAUGUUACAAUGAUGGCGACUCAGACGAAUGCUAUUUGAUCCGGUGUGACCCACUUCCAGCAUGGGUAACCUCGGCGCCGACUGGAAACGCCGAUUACGACAGCCGUGUCGAUGGAUGUAAAUCAAUUGAGCAGUGUUUCUUCGACGGCGAAUUCAACAAAUGCUACUCGGAUGUUUGUCCGCCCUUGCCGGCUAACAUCACCUGGGAACCACAAAACGUCGCAACUUUCGACUACUAUGAAGAUGGAUGUAGAGGCACUCGUUUGUUGUGUUACAAUGACGGGGUUUCUGAUGCUUGCUACUUGCCAGACAAAGGACCUUGUCCACCAAAGCCGAUUUCGAUCAACUGGGAGCCAGAGAGUCCCGCUCAUUUCUCCGAGUACAGUGAUUCGCCGUGUGGCCGGGGCACAGAUUGCUACAAUGACGGAGAGGUUGAUCAAUGUUAUAUGGCUGUGGGGAAAUGUUUGCCGAAACCCGACUCGAUCUUCAACGAGCCCACGGGACCCGCUCUUGUUGGUCGUUGUCCUGAAGGCUUUGAAUGUUUCCACGAUGGAUCGAGCAAUCAAUGCUAUUGCUAUGAUACGGCUGGACCAAACAUCUGUCUGGACGCUCACAAUCAGGCUCUGUGCGAUCACAAGAGCAACAUGUGCGCGAAGACUUGCGGAUUUUGUGUUGGCCCCGAUGUAGCUUCAAACUAUGAAAUUCCAAUUUACAAUAAUCAUGAUGAAUGGUCGAAAAGCGAGAGUCGAGAAGAUUAUUGCAGUGAAAAACGAGUGAAAGAGGCGCUUUGUCCAAAGAGGCUCGAAUUGGAGGGAUCGAAAUGUUGGGUACCGGAAACGAGACAACGACAACCCCGACCACUACGACGACGACUACAACUACUACAACAACCACGACCACCACAACAACAACAACUACUACGACGACGACCACAACAACUACUACUACAACAACCACGACCACCACAACAACUACGACCACUACGACGACGACCACAACAACAACUACCACAACGACAACAACAGCAACUACCACGACGACAACAACAACUACCACAACGACAACAACAACAACUACCACGACGACAACAACAACUACUACUACAACAACCACGACCACCACAACAACAACAACUACUACGACGACGACCACAACAACUACUACUACAACAACCACGACCACCACAACAACUACGACCACUACGACGACGACCACAACAACAACUACCACAACGACAACAACAACAACUACCACGACGACAACAACGACCACCACAACGACAACAACCACUACUACUACAACCACGACCACUACAACAACAACGACGACAACAACUACGACCACUACGACCACUACGACGACGACAACCACCACAACAACAACAACUACUACGACGACGACCACAACAACUACUACUACUACAACCACGACCACUACAACCACGACCACUACAACAACAACAACGACGACAACAACUACGACCACUACGACGACGACAACCACAACGACAACAACAACUACUACUACGACGACCACAACAACCACAACGACAACAACAACGACGACGACAACAACUACGACCACUACGACGACGACAACAACUACGACCACUACGACGACGACAACCACAACGACAACAACAACUACUACGACGACGACCACAACAACUACUACUACUACAACCACGACUACUACAACAACAACGACGACGACAACAACGACGACCACUACGACGACGACAACAACGACAACAACGACAACAACCACAACAACCACAACAACAACAACAACAACAACCACUACUACUACAACCACGACAACCACUACGACGACGACAACAACCACGACCACUA